AAAAAAGACAAAUUAAAUGGGACUUACCGUGCAUGUUCUGAACUCUGAAGAGAGAACCAAUAUCGUUAUUAAAUGGGACGAUAUAGGAUCCGAUUCAAUGACAACUUUGUAAUAAUGAUGGUAAAUUACUUAUUCUGCUUCGUCUUGGUAGUGAGUAUGGCAGAAGCUGUACCAAUCCAAGACGAAUGCAAGGUGACUACUUGCAAACACCAUGAACCACCCGUCAAGUUUCCCUUCCGAUUGCAAGACCGCCAGCCGCCCCACUGUGGCUAUCCUCAUCCUGGGUUCCAACUCUCUUGCUCAGAAAACAACCAGACCGUGCUGAAUUUCCCACGUUCAAUGAAGUUGUUGGUGAAGCACAUAGACUAUAAAGAACAGCAGAUUCGCUUGUAUGAUCCUGGUCAUUGCCUCUGGAAGCAGCUUUCAGAUCUCAAUAUAUCUGCAUUUCCAUUCCGGUACGAAUGGCUAAGCUACAGCCGCCUACAAGCUUUUCAGCCCAAGCCAGUUGACUUCUACACCUUGUUCAAUUGUUCAAGCAAAGAUGAGUUUUUGUACCGACGCUAUAGAAUCCCUUGCUUAAGCAACACUGGCUCCCAAAUUAUAGCUUUCGGUUAUGAUGAGCAGGCAUAUGACGAGAACCUGUUAAAUUGCAGCAAGACUGGCAACAUCUCAGCAGCAAUUUAUCCAUAUCUUACCGGUCCUUUCCAAUUACUUUGGGACAAACCAAACUGUAGAAACUGUGAAGCCCAAGGCAGGGGAUGUAAACUGAAGAGCAAUAGCAGACAGGAUCAAACUGAGUGUUUUGAUAUCCCCAGGCACCAUAGAGGUGCACGAAAAAGGCUAAUAAUUGCAGGUGUAAUCUUAGGUUCUUUUAUUCUUGCAACGAUUGUCAUUGGAGUUGGCUGGGCACAUCGUUUGAAGAAAAGAGAGCAAGAAAGCCAACUCAAGAUUGAAAAGUUUUUGGAAGAUUAUAGAGCAGUUAAACCCUCAAGAUACUCCUAUGCUGAUAUUAAAAGGAUAACAAAUCAUUUCAAGGACAAAUUGGGACAAGGAGGUUAUGGAACUGUCUUCAAAGGAAGACUUUCCAAUGAUGUUUUAGUUGCUGUUAAGGUCCUCAAUAAUUUCAAGGGAAAUGGUGAAGGAUUCAUCAAUGAAGUGGGUUCAAUGGGUAGAAUCCAUCAUGUCAAUGUGACUCGAUUGGUUGGUUUUUGUGCCGAUGGAUAUGAACGAGCUCUUGUUUAUGAAUACCUACCAAAUGAGUCAUUAGAGAAGUUCAUAUUCUCAGCAACGGGCGAGAAUCGUUUCCUUAGUUGGGAAAAGCUUCAGGAUAUUGCUCUUGGUGUAGCCAAAGGUAUUGAGUACCUGCAUCAAGGUUGCGAGCAACGAAUCCUCCAUUUUGAUAUCAAACCUCACAAUAUUUUGCUAGACCACAACUUCAAUCCCAAGAUCUCUGACUUUGGCCUAGCUAAAUUGUGUUCCAAGGAACAAAGUGCUAUUUCUAUGACAACAGCUAGAGGAACCAUGGGCUAUAUUGCACCCGAGGUAUUGUCUCGAAACUUUGGAAAUGUCUCGUACAAAUCAGAUGUGUAUAGUUUUGGAAUGCUAUUGCUUGAAAUGGUUGGAGGGAGAAAGAAUAUAGAUGUUACAGCGGAGAAUACAAGCCAAGUGUACUUCCCAGAAUGGGCUUAUAAUCGUUUGGACAAAGGAGAGGAGCUGGGGAUUAGAAUUGAAGAUGAAGAGCAUACAGGAAUAGUAAAGAAACUCACAAUCGUUGGACUUUGGUGCAUUCAGUGGUAUCCCGUAGAUCGUCCUCCAAUGAAAGUUGUGGUUCAAAUGUUAGAAGGAGAGGGUAGCCUUCUUACAGUGCCGCCAAAUCCUUUUGCCUCUACGGAUCAAUCGAAGAUGGGUGCCAACAUGCCUAGGAAGCCUGUUAAUAGAGAGCUUCCCGCUAUUGCUGAAUUAGAAUAAAAGCAAUCUAUCUAUAGCUAAUAGCCUCGUAGUUAUUGUUAGAAAAAAUUGACUAUGAUUCAUCUAUUAGCUAACUUCCAUUAUUAACAUUAAUAAAUCCACCUAAUUAAUGUUUGUCAUUUA